AUGUUUGUGAUCUUCUUUCGAGCAACGGGACCAGAAUUCAUUCAUAUGGUUGAAAGUGGAAAUUCAAUAACUGGUGAUUAUUACAAAAAUAAUUGCUUAAAAUAUUUGUUCAACAACAUUAAACGGAGAAGACCGAAAUCUGGUCUACACGCAAUCAAGCUGCAUCAUGAUUACGCCAGACCUCACCAAACAAAUGACAUUAAAAUAUAUCUUCAAGAAAAAGGAGUCACCGUUAUUCGUCAUCCACCUUAUUCUCCUGAUCUGGCGCCAGCAGAUUUUUGGUUAUUUGAAGCGUCAACUUGGUACUUAUUCUGA